CAACCGCAUCAAUCAACUCGGUACAUCAAUGAAGUCGGAGACGAGCCUUGGUUAGCAGCCAGAAUCCUAGGGUACUCUCUCAACUACUGUCAUGUAAAUGCCACAAACAUCCCUCGUGUUCAAAGAGAACUGAGAAGACCCCAUGACCACCCCAGCGAACGAAAAGGACUCUCCGCCUUUCUCACAACACGGGAGAAGCUCGCAUUUAUGGGCUUGAUAGGGUCGGCCACAUCACAAGCCUUCAAUGCCUCCACCAACUUGAAACCCCGAACAGCUUUUCUUGCAUCCAUAGAUCACACAUUUUCGCUUCCUCGCCCACCCUCGUCCCUCCCACCGCAUUAAAACCCGCCCAAGUUUGGAUCUUGUGAGUCCCAGGUAAUCGUCAGCUAUGUGAGAGCUUGAAGGAGCUCAACCACCGCUUUGCCGUGCCAACUAACAAUGCUGGCUCUUUCUCUACCGGGCGCGGGCUUUACUUGAUUGGAACUUGGACGAGCUGAGGAGAAAAAGGGUGGGGUUGAUGAGCAGACCCGACGGCAAUUACCAAGGCAACUGCCAGUGUUUUGCUCCUUUCGGUGUUUAAUUUGGUCAGACAAGGUGGAGUGGGGCGAUUGAGGCGUUUUACUACCGAUUUAUGCUUGAAAGCUGUGAUCUUUGGCUGUUUCCUUGUGGAGAGAUCUACAGUUGGUUUGGUCAGAAAGCGUGGUAGAGAUCGGCUGUCUAGUACUGUGAUUUUCCAUGACAAAUUUGUGUAUUUAAGCUGAAUAAGUUUUUGUAUUGUCCUCCAGGAGGUAGAAAAUAUCUUGGGCUGAGAUACUACGUCGAAGAGCUGUCAUUUGCCCGUUGGAAACCAUCUCUCAGCAAAUAUUAUUACUUGCCAAAUUAGUCGUUUGAGCGAAUUGGAAGUUCUCUGUGUUUGCUGCUCGAAAGAAGAUGGUUGGCACUGUCGAAAUUAAUCAUAGUUCUGUCAACUCGAAUGGAUCCCGUCACAAUUCCAAUGGAGCUGAAGAAAGGCUAGAUGAGCUCCGCCGUCUCCUUGGCAAGACUGAUGGUGAUCUGCUUAAGAUUGUUGGUGUAGGGGCUGGUGCCUGGGGCAGCGUGUUUGCUGCCCUCUUGCAGGAUGCAUAUGGUCAUCUUCGCGAUAAGGUUCAGAUUAGAAUAUGGAGACGGCCUGGCAGAUCAGUUGACCGUUCCACAGCGGAGCAUUUGUUCGAGGUUAUCAAUUCACGGGAGGAUGUUUUGAGGCGUUUGAUCAGAAGAUGUGCGUACUUGAAGUAUGUGGAGGCAAGGCUCGGUGAUCGAACACUGUAUGCGGAUGAGAUAUUGAGGGAUGGAUUUUGCUUAAACAUGAUUGAUACCCCACUUUGUCCAUUGAAGGUUGUAACGAAUUUGCAGGAGGCAGUGUGGGAUGCAGAUAUUGUGGUUAAUGGUUUGCCGUCUACGGAGACUAGGGAGGUAUUUGAGGAUAUCAGUAGGUAUUGGAAGGAGAGGAUUACUGUUCCAAUUAUUAUCUCUCUUGCAAAGGGUAUAGAAGCGGCUCUAGAUCCUGUCCCACGUAUAGUAACACCUACUCAGAUGAUCAAAUGUGCAACUGGAGUUCCAAUCGAGAACAUUCUCUAUCUUGGGGGUCCAAACAUUGCUUCAGAGAUUUACAACAAGGAAUAUGCUAAUGCUCGAAUCUGUGGAGCAGAGAAGUGGAGAAAACCUCUUGCCAAGUUCUUGCGGCAGCCACAUUUCAUUGUGUGGGAUAACAGCGAUCUAGUCACUCAUGAAGUGAUGGGUGGCUUGAAGAAUGUUUAUGCUAUUGGUGCUGGAAUGGUAGCAGCUCUAACAAAUGAGAGUGCAACAAGCAAAUCAGUAUACUUUGCCCACUGCACUUCUGAAAUGAUAUUUAUUACUCAUCUGUUGGCUGAACAACCAGAAAAACUAGCUGGUCCUUUGUUAGCCGAUACAUAUGUGACCUUAUUAAAGGGUCGGAAUGCAUGGUAUGGACAAAUGCUGGCCAAGGGAGAACUGAGUCUUGACAUGGGUGACAGCAUAAAAGGAAAAGGAAUGAUUCAGGGAGUCUCUGCAGUUGGUGCAUUUUACGAGCUACUUAGCCAGUCUAGCUUAAGUGUGUUGCAUCCUGAGGAGAAGAAACCCGUUGCUCCAGCUGAGCUGUGUCCCAUCCUCAAAACCCUUUAUAAAAUACUGAUUAGAAGGGAGUGUCCUUCACAAGCCAUUCUUCAAGCGCUACAAGAUGAAACUAUGAACGAUCCUCGUGAAAGGAUAGAGAUAGCUCAGAGUCAAGCUUUCUACAGGCCAUCACUUCUCGGUCAACGUUAACAUAAACUGUUGAUGGUUACAAAACUAAAAUAUCAAAAGCGAAGUCUUGCUGGUCAUGUUGGAGCUGAUACUGAGAUUUUAUUGCUUUGGUGGCAUGCUAAAUGUUUGAUGAGAGAAGCUAAAUGGUUAAAGAAUGUAAAUUUCUCCAUCAUGUAAUGGGCUGCUUCUGCAUAAAAUCGAGUAAACUUGCGAUGCGAGUGGGGUGUUUAGUUGUACUUUAUGAAUAAUUAUAAUUCAUUUAUAUCAAGUUGUGUUUAGUCAAAGAAUAGAAACUUGUGUUUUAAUGUAAUUUACAAUGGUUGUGUUUUGUUUCUUGA